AUGCCGUGCGUUAUCACACAAGGUAAAGACAAUUGGACAUUAAUCCUGAAAGCCAGGUACAACAGCCUUCUCAGUGCGUCUCCAGGGCUUGGAUAUUUGGAUUUAAUUUUGGUUCAAACUGUGGGUGACCAACCAAUGACCAAUGGAACUGCCAGCGGACCUUCACAUGUUCAAGAUAGAGCAUUCCAAGUAAUGUUCAGUGCUUGGCAGAAGCUUCCCUCCGCUGACAUUCAAGCCCAAACUGAAAAAUCUAAGAGCAAGCCUAAUAAGCUUUUGGAUGCUUGUAAUAUGGUUAAAACUGGUAUAUCAAGGCCUCUCAUGGCUGUGGAUGUGGAUGAUGAAGCUUUCUAUAAAGGGUUGGAUCCAUGA